ACAGCAGCGCAGGCUGGUGAAUGACUACUUUCUUUAUAAGCAACCACCUUGAGCCUGAAAUGGCAGUCGCUAGUCUCUGUUGCCUUGCUGCAGCCUCGGGAUGGAAAUCUGCAGGGGACCUUACAGUCACCUAAUCUCUCUCCUUCUCACCCUUCUGUUUCAUUCAGAGUCAGCCGGCCGCCCUGCUGGGAAAAGACCCUGCAAGAUGCAAGCCUUCAGAAUCUGGGAUACUAACCAGAAGACCUUCUACCUGAGGAACAACCAGCUCAUUGCUGGGUACUUACAAGGACCAAAUACCAAACUAGAAGAAAAGAUAGACAUGGUGCCUAUUGACUUUCGGAAUGUGUUCUUGGGCAUCCACGGGGGCAAGCUGUGCCUGUCUUGUGUCAAGUCUGGAGAUGACACCAAGCUCCAGCUGGAGGAGGUUAACAUCACUGAUCUGAACAAGAACAAAGAAGAAGACAAGCGCUUUACCUUCAUCCGCUCUGAGACAGGCCCCACCACCAGCUUCGAAUCACUUGCCUGUCCAGGAUGGUUCCUCUGCACAACACUAGAGGCUGAUCAUCCUGUGAGCCUCACCAACACACCGGAAGAGCCCUGUACAGUCACAAAGUUCUACUUCCAGGAAGACCAAUAGCACUGCCUCGGCCUGUCCUUCCCCACUCCCAGGCCAGCAAUGACCACCAACUGCCUGAUCACUCUGGCCAUCGUUGGGGUCUGAGGAACAAUUUUUGCAGGGUGUACAGUAGAAGGAGACAGAAGAGUCCUGAUGAUAGAUCUCAGUCUGUUGGCUAACCCAAUCCCCAUGAUGACUUCAGAAUAAUCUUUCAAACUGCA